GCGACGUGAUGACGUGUCCCGGGCUCGUGGGGGACGAUGGCGGUUGACGCUCCGAUGGCGAACGCGAUGCGGCUCCGUAACCAACUCCAGACUGUCUACAAAUUGGACCCGCUGCGGAACGAGGAAGAAGUAAAAGUGAAGAUUAAAGACCUGAAUGAACACAUCGUCUGUUAUCUGUGUGCUGGCUACUUCAUAGAUGCAACCACUAUCACGGAGUGUUUACAUACAUUCUGCAAGAGUUGUAUUGUGAAGUACCUGCAGACCAGCAAAUACUGCCCAAUGUGCAACAUCAAAAUCCAUGAGACACAGCCUCUUCUUAAUCUUAAGCUUGACCGAGUGAUGCAGGACAUUGUCUACAAACUUGUACCAGGUCUACAAGAGAGUGAGGAGAAGCGAAUUCGAGAAUUCUAUCAGUCUCGAGGGUUGGACAGGAUCAUCCAACCAGUUAAUGAAACUAUGUCACCGGACCUGACCAGUUCUCCUUACACAACUUUCGAUCACUCCAAAGCCCACUACUACAGAUACGAUGAGCAGGUUUCACUCUGCUUGGAGAGACACGGCUCCUCCCUGGGUAAAGAGAAAGGGAAACUCGUGUUGCAGCAAAAGUACGUCCGAUGUUCAGUCCGAGCAGAGAUCAGGCACUUGAGGAGAGUUCUGUGCCAUAGAAUUAAUGUGAUCGAUCAGCAACAGGUGCAAAUAUUGUUUGACAAUGAGCCUUUGCCAGAGCACAUGACUAUGAAGCAGCUCUGGCUCUUGAGAUGGUACGGCAAGCCUACACCAAUGGUCCUUCAGUACAGUGUGAAGGAGAAGCGAGGAAGGUGAAAGCAGAGGCAGACAAACAACUCUUCCAGUGCAUCAAAAUGUGCUGUCACUGUUUUUAGGAAAAAAAAACUGAUAUGCUGAGCAAGCCUGGACUCUGGAAAACAUUUAAUUCCUACCUAAAUUCCUGUGGUCUGUGCAUCUCCACUUACCAAAUCGACUGUGUCCAGCCAGCUUGGAUCUGCUUUGUAAAUUUAAGGCGAGCCCUGUAUCUGUAGCCUGGUGGCAAUUUGUGAAAGAGCCAGUACUCCACCACCGUUGCCAUCCAUUCGCCCUCACUGGUCAUUGAGUUCUCUCCAAUUGGGGCAGGGACAAUUGGCUGGCCUCCUGCAAAAAGAAGAUAUUCAAGACAAAUGUGUUUUCAGCAUACUCUGCUUCUGACACAUACUUCAGCUAAACCUCGUGCCUCGAUCCAACCUUAUGGCAGCAGCCUGCAAGCUGACAGUCAUCCAACAAAUGUACAAUGGGACCUUAUCUGCUGUAUGUGGCUCAGUCCAGAACAAAGAAAGGCAGCUAGUGGUGACUGCCAAUCGUACAGGUUGGAUAGUUUGUAUACUUAUUUAUUUCCUCUUUUUUUGAAUGGGCUAUCUAGUGUUAAAAAAUCUUUCAGUGAAAUUUGCACUAACAGAAUGGCUUUUUUAGAUAACGCAUUAUGAACUGAUAACCGUAUUCUUAAGUCCCAAGCAAGUAUUGAGUUCUACAGCAUUCUGUUUAAGGGGGGAGAAUUUUACACAUGAUUUAAAACCCCUGUGACUGAUACCAGUGGAAUAUGAAAUCUAUUUCUUUUCCUCCUGUGGUUAAUUUUUGUAGUGUUGUAACAUCCUUAAUUGUUCCACUUUACCAGAUAUUCCUUUUUUUCCCAAAAGAAAUUCAAGAAUGUGUGCUUUUGCAACUUCUGUAAAGGUUUGUUCUGUAUUGUUGGAUUAUUUCAAGUAUUGAGUACCU